GUAUCAGUAUAUUAAGUAAAUCAUGACCAAUUUAAUAAUUCGGGUUUAUCAUAUAGUCUAAUUGCACUUCGGAUAAUUGUGCCCUUAAUUGUGAAAUCAGGGUUUUCUAUGAGUGGAGAGUAAAAUAUGUCAAUCACAAUCGUAAUUACUCAUAUUUUACAAAUAUAUUAAGUAAAUCAUGAUCAAUUUUACAUUUCUGGUUCAUCAGAGAGUCCAAUUGCAUUUUGGAUACUUGUUCACGUAGGGUAUCCAUACUUUUCCCGGUUUGACCAUGAACCAAACUUGACAAGGAUCGGCCUUAUUGAGUAGUUUCAACCUGAAGUACUAUUAUGUAAAAAAUGUACGUAAACAUAUAAUUUUUUACACGUCAAUCCACAUCAUAAUAAAUUAGUUCAUACAUCAAACUAAGGUUUCGUAUAUCUGGCUCAAUAUGUGCCAUCAAUAAUUUUGAACGAUUGAUUAUGGACCUCAGGAUAGAUAAUGUUCCUUAUAAUUGGAUUCACAAUGACCACUAAAGAGUGUGGUGUCAACCAUAUGAGAUAUAUAUGGAUGGAACCUGAAAGAAACAAAGCAUGAGUAAGUUUCCUAGCUAUUAAUCGUCAAACCUGGUCAGACAUGGUCAAACAGAGUCGAACUAGUUCAAACUAAUCAGUAGAACAAGAUCAAACAGGUUAAAAUUCAAUAGAGUAAAAUAAACAGUCCUAGGCUAUCAGAACUGGUCAAUUCAAAAAGAAUUUGAAACUCCAAUAAUGCAUUCAACCAUGGUAGAAUAAGGUAAAACUCGUGCAUACUCAUUGUUGGGAUAUAUUAUCCCGGCCUAUUAUUGUUCAGGAGCCCAAGACAUUAUCCAGUACGGAGCCCGAGCAGCUAGGUCCAUUUCGGCCCAUUCUGGCCCACUUUGGCCAUUAGGCCCGACAUCGGCCCGUUUGGCCCAUUAGGGUGGAGUACUUCCCUCACCCCUUUUCCUAUUUAUAGGAGGUUUUCCCUCCAUGUAGAGGAUCCCUUCCUUCUUCCUUCUUCCUUUAGAAUAGCUUGCAAUACUCCAUUAAUGGAGCUCAAAUUGUACUUGUAAUGGUGAGGAGAGUCCUAAUGAGAAAGAGAGGGCUUGGACAUUAGCCUAAAAAGUCCCGUGGUUUUCUCUCUUUCGGGUUUCCACGUAAAAACUGAGUGUUCAUACAUAUAUUUACUAUAUCGUGUUGGAUUAAACUCAACACCGGCGCCGUCUGUGGGAAUCUGUCCAAAAAGAUUCAUGUGUUCUACACAAAUUUCAUACGAUCGACUAUUGAUUUCAACAAAAAAAACAAAGAAUAAAGAUUCUGGAAAGCAAGCAGGAGGAAGAAGGUUCGACAUGACCAAAGAAACCUUUUCUUGGGAAAUGGAGGAAGCUACAAAAUCUGGAAGUCAAAAUCUGAAUUUUCCAGAUCUGUUUUGACGUCGCCGGAGCCGCCGUCACCGUCGCCGCCGGCGUGGAACCUCCGUGAUGUUAGCCUGCACCAGACGAGCUCGCUGCAGCGCUCCAGACAUCGUGACACCUGCAACACAGUUGCUCGUCGCUCACGGCUGUUUCCACCGUCUCAGUCGCCGCACCGCCGCUCGACGCCAGCGGUCAACCACUGAUUACUCCUCCACCCGGUUAGUCACGAUUCGAGCCUUCACCGGCCAUCCCGUUCUGCCGACGCGACUGGAGGACCUACCAACCGGGAGUCCCUUGAUUUCCGCCAUUAAUGGUGAUGUGGGGAGGAUAUGCUACGAUUCUAGGAAGUCCGGCCCAUGUUCCAACGGAGACCACCCUUCCGACUGUUUUUGCUCUGCUGCAACCGCCAUGUCCACCAUCGGGGAGCAAUAUCACAUACGGCUGGCCUUUGUGCUGGUCAAUGGAAUAUUUCAUUUGGUGGCAAAUUGGCCACGCCGAUCCGUUAAGAUGAGGACAGCAGACAGAGUCUCAAAUGGAUAAAUGAUGAAUCCUUCUAUUACUUUGAGUGGUCAACGAUCCGGACUCCAAAAGCUAAGUAUCGUAACUACCACACUUACGUAUUAAGAUUUACUUCUCCAUAUUAAAAUAUUAGUAUUGUAUUUUUAUCACCAUUAUUUAAUAGGGAGUAAGGGUUCCCAAAAUUAAAUAGUGAGAGCGAUGCUCUAGUGAUAAUUAAUUUCACCGUCAUUUAAAUUAAAUGACUGGUGUUGUAGGCCCGUCGGCCCGCUCCUGGUCGGCUUUAAUUAGCGAGCGGAGCAUAUCUGAAUGGCCUUUGAUAGGAUAAUAUCAUUGCUAUUACCUGUUACAUCACUAUUAUUUAUUAGAGAUAAAAUGUCCCGAAUUAAAUAAUGUGGAGCGAAGCUCUGGUGAUGGUUGGUUCAACCAACAUUUUAUUGAAUAUAUUCAAUUUCUUGUGGGCCUGUUGGCCCACUCUCGAUCAGCUUGAUUAAGCGAUCUGAGCGUCUACAAAAGGGCGAUGCCCCGACGACGCAUUUUAAUUGGAGGGUUGCGCAUUAGUCCACACGGCACUACGUGCCCGAUCGACAACCGUACCCCAGAACCAUCCGCGUCGCUAGGCGCGAAGUGACUAUUGCCAAACGUGGCCUAUGGGGCCCGAGGGCAGCAAAGCACUCAACCUCGUUUUUCCGAGGGCAGUGCGGCCAACUUGGGUCUGAGUUUGAAAACUCACGGACCGGUGAAUAUUUCUAUGAGACGUUCGGUGGGCUGCUAGUUGGCCCCGCCGCGAGCUACUACGUCCAUUAACCCCGCACGAUGAGCCGGGCCGAGGGUCACGGUAACCCAUAGGCCGGAAAUCGUGGGUGUUAGAAAGAAAGCCAUGCAGAUGGUUAUGUGUGUAUACAUAUUGCCGGGCCGUGCGGCCCGUUACCAUGCUUAUUGCGCAGCUGAAGCUGCUCGACGCGCUCGAGCGAAAUGAUUAAAAGACGAUCGGCCUAAGUCUCAAAGACGUUCAGGGCCAGCUAAAGUGGAGACCAUCACGGCUGAGAGCCGAUGGACGAGCAUCUCCACCCAGAGGUCGAGAGCCUAGAGGAGACCACCACGGUUGAGAACCGUGGGACGAGCAUCUCCACCCCAGAGACCGAUGGCCGAGGAAGAACACCUAGAGGCCGAGGGUCUAGAGGCGAAUGCCAUGACAGAGAACCGUGAGACGAUCACCCGUCAUUCAGAGGCCGAGGGCCUAGAAGAGAUCGUCACGGUCGAGGGCCGUCUGACGCCAUCAUUACAUCAUGACCGGCCCCUCGGCACAACAUGAUCAUCAUAUUUGAAGAUCGGCCUCGUCCCCGCACUGCGCGGAUGAGGACCGUUGCUUGGAUUUCAGGUCGGCCUAUCAUUGCCGACAUCAUUAUAUCAUGACCGGCCUCUCGGCACGGCAUGAUUAUCUUAUUUGAAGACCGGGCUCAUCCCCGCGAUGCGUGGAUGAGGACCGUUGCUUGAUUUCAGGCCGGCCUCUCAUUGCCGACACCAUUAUGUCACGACCGGCCUCCCGGCUCGGUGUGCUUCCCAUAUUUGAAGACCGGUUUCAUCCCCGCUCCUCGCGGAUGACGGCCGUUGCUUGUUUUCUCAGAUCGACCUCUCAUUGCCGACACCGUUAUAUCACGACCGGCCUCCCGGCUCGGUGUGCUUUCCAUAUUUGAAGACCGGUUUCAUCCCCGCUCCUCUCGGAUGACGGCCGUUGCUUGUUUUCUCAGAUCGGCCUCUCAUUGUCGAUGUUAUUAUAUCACGACUGGCCUCCCGACACGGCGUGUUUAUCUUUUGAAGACCGGCCUUGUCCCCGCCCCUCGCGAACGAAGACCAUUGUUUGAUUCUUUCAGGUCGGCCUCUUACUGCUGACACUAUCAUGUUAUGUUCGGCCUCUCGGCACGACAUAUUUAUCUUUUGAAGACCGGUUUCAUCCCCGCGCUGCGUGGAUGAGAGUCGUUGCUUGGAUAUAUUGGCCUGAUCAGACACUAUUGUCAUCUCCUUAUCAGGACCGACUGCUCAACGACAUUAUGAUCAUUAUCGGUUCCCAAUACCGACCUUCUUGAGUUAGCGAUCAGACUCACCCCUCCCCUCCAGGAGGGUGACCAUCGCCUUCGCAUGACGACCAGCUAUUCCAUUGCCUCGUCAUUUUAUUCGUUUUGGUAUCCCACCACCAUUAUGUGUGACAUCACUUGUGGUCAUUCUUAGAACCGACGAACGUAUUUUCCUCCCUCAAAAAAAAAAAGAUGGGGAGAAGGGGAGACAAGCUCCUAUGAGAGAGGGAGUCUUGACGAGGUAUGCCAGAUCUUCCUUCGCCGCGAAUGACGAACGUCUCCUGACACGGAGGCCAGUAGGAACGGGGGGGGGGGGGGGGGGCUAGACGAACCAAAGGGAACCUCGGCAAGAUAAACCAGUUCCUCCCAUUUCCCGUGGAUUGGCGAACACCUUCUGCCAGAGCAGAAGGCUAGUAGGGCCACAAGCAUGGGACGACGAAGCAGGGAACCCGCGAUAGGGUAAACCAGUUCCUCCUUGCGAUCGGUGGAUGUCGAACGUCUUCUUCGAGGGAAGAAGAUUAAUAGGAUCAUGACAGGGAUGAACGAAGAAACGGGAACCCUGACAGGGUAUACCAGUUCCUCCCCCUUGAUGGACGGAUGACGAACGUCUUCUGCGAAGCCAGAAGACUAGUAACUCACGACUAGGGACGAACAGAGAUAGGGAAUCCCGACGUGGAUAAACCUGUUUCUUCUCAUAGUUGGGAUGACGAACGUCUCCUGCGAAACCAAGAGACCAGUAACUCACGAGACUUGGGAAGAACGAAGACCAGUUCCAUGGAUCGGACACGAAGAACCAGUUCUUUACCGGAGUCUGUUGCGUGCCGAGUGUACACCGCUUAGCGGUCCAUACAUAGGACCACGAAUACGGUAGACGAACGAGGACCAGCUCCAUGGAUCAGACAUGAAGGACCAGUUCUCCACCGGAGUCUGUUGCGUACCGAGUGUACACCGCUUAGCGGUCCGUACAUAGGACCACGAAUACGGUAGACGAACGACGAUUAGCUCCCCAGAUCAGGUAGGAGGGACAUCACCCAGAUUUAUUUCAGGCUCACCAUUCCUUCCCGGAUGGAGUCCUGACAGACGAUCAGCUUCUCACAGCCAAUCAGGAGAGAGACUUGACACAUCACCAGCACGGCCGAGGGCCGUGAGACGAUUACCACUCACCGACAGGCCGAAGGACAUGAGAUGAUCAUCACUAUUUUUCUGCAUCACGAUCGGCCCCUCAGCGCCAUCGUGUCCAGAUUCGGCUCGCCCAUUCCCUCCAGGAUGGCGACGACCGUCUUAUGCAGUACGAUCGGCCCCUCAACGCCAUCGUACCCAGCUCACGUUCAGCUCGUCCAUCCCUUCCAAGGUGGCGACGAACGUCUUAUGCAUCACGAUCGGCCCCUCAGCGCCAUCGUGUCCAGAUUCACGGUUCGGCUCGCCCAUUCCCUCCAGGAUGGCGACGACCGUCUUAUGCAGUACGAUCGGCCCCUCAGCGCCAUCGUACCCAGCUCACGUUCAGCUUGUCCAUCCCUUCCACGGUGGCGACGAACGUCUUAUGCAUCACGAUCGGCCCCUCAGCGCCAUCGUGUCCAGAUUCACGGUUCGGCUCGCCCAUUCCCUCCAGGAUGGCGACGACCGUCUUAUGCAGUACGAUCGGCCCCUCAGCGCCAUCGUACCCAGCUCACGUUCAGCUCGUCCAUCCCUUCCAGAGUGGCGACGAACGUCUUAUGCAGCACGAUCAGCGCUUCUGCGCCAUCGUGUCCAGAUUCACGGUUCGGCUCGCCCAUUCCCUCCAGGAUGGCGACGACCGUCUUAUGCAGUACGAUCGGCCCCUCAGCGCCAUCGUACCCAGCUCACGUUCAGCUCGUCCAUCCCUUCCAGGGUGGCGACGAACGUCUUAUGCGGCACGAUCAGCGCCUAUGUGCCAUCGUGUCUGGCUCAUGUUUGGCUCGCCCAUCCCUUCCAGGAUGGCGACGAACAUCUCUUAUGCAGCACAAUCGGCCCCUCCGUGCCAUUGUGUCAAGUUCAUCUCCGGAUCGCCCAUUCUUUCUAGGAUGGCGAUGACCGUCUUAUGCAGCACGUCUGCCUCUCGGCGCUGACAUGCCCGGUUUAUCGAUGAGAGCCACCGCUUUCUAUCACAUCUCACAUUCCUUCUCUCAUACAUUGCACCCAUACAUUACAUGCAUUCAUGCAUUCAUGCAUUCAUGCAUCAUACCUCAUACAUUCAUACAUACACACGUGCAUCGUGUCUUGCCAGUACCGCGACGUCGGUUUAUAGAUGCAUGGACCUCUAAGCUUCUCCGAUUGGAAAGCUCGAGUCAGAGUCCUUUGCUCCCGCCUGAUGCAUUCAAGGGGAGUGUGCCUGUGGAGGAGCACCCUUCGCCCGACCCUGUCGGGAAGGGGGGUGCCUCACCGGCAGAUUACGUUCAGGAGUGCAGACACCCACUCAUAUAUUAUGAUUAUUCGAAGACACAGUUUCCAGCAAGACAGAGGAAGAGCGCACGCAAGAGUAUAUUUUCUCGAGCAGAUUCGCACGCUCACUACUCAAGAAACUGGGGGACUUGUGUUGGGAUAUAUUAUCCCGGCCUAUUACUGUUCAGGAGCCCAAGACAUUAUCCAGUACGGAGCCCGAGCAGCUAGGUCCAUUUCGGCCCAUUCUGGCCCACUUUGGCCAUUAGGCCCGACAUCGGCCCGUUUGGCCCAUUAGGGUGGAGUACUUCCCUCACCCCUUUUCCUAUUUAUAGGAGGUUUUCCCUCCAUGUAGAGGAUCCCUUCCUUCUUCCUUAUUGCUUUAGAAUAGCUUGCAAUACUCCAUUAAUGGAGCUCAAAUUGUACUUGUAAUGGUGAGGAGAGUCCCAAUGAGAAAGAGAGGGCUUGGACAUUAGCCUAAAAAGUCCCGUGGUUUUCUCCCUUUCGGGUUUCCACGUAAAAACUGAGUGUUCAUACAUAUAUUUACUAUAUCGUGUUGGAUUAAACUCAACACUCAUCUUUGAAUAUAGUAAAUAAUACGGUCAAACUUGAUCAAAUAUGAUAGAACACGGUAAAACAAGUCCAAAGUGAGAACAAAAAGUAUAUGAUUACCUUAAUUUUGUUGUUUGGAGUAUGAGGAUUACUUCUGAAGAUUUUUAUCCUGUCGAAUUUCCUUGUUCAGCUAUGCACUCCAAUUCGGCAGAAGAUUUUUAGCGUGGCUAAUUUUUCGUAAUUUUAUCAGCCUACACUUACGUUUAGGCUUAUGUAAUUCAACCAUUCAAAUGAUUUUGUUCUUGACCUCAACGAUGGUCGAAAGUACUAUUCGAAAUCAAGAAGAGAAAGAGUGAUGAGAUCGAAUGAAGAAGGGCGUUGCGCGCUCAGAUGUUUGAGUGAAGACAUUGGAUAGUUCGAAGGUGGUAUUCAAACUCACUCUCUCUUGACCUAAACGACAUCAUAUGGCAUAUGUUUUAUGUAAUUUUACCUGUUUCUAUUAUUUAAAAAACAAAAGGGACAGGUUGUUAAAAUGAGUUUGAAAAGAGGGUAUUUUGUGAUAGAGUUUUUUCCUGAAUAAUGUUAAAUAAAAAAUAUUAACGAAAUUAAGGUCGGAUUAAAACAAUAUACCAAAAUACUGCUGAAAUAAACAGGGUUAGGGAAAGUCGCCAAACCAGUUGGCGACUCUCCUAAAUAAUACUCGAUACAGAGGAAGUGCGGAUGAGCUUCGCUGGGAGACACGUAUGGGAAGAGAGGGGUGGGGCCAAUGUAGAAGAAAUCCUCUUUUUUCUUUAAAUGGCUAUAACUUCAUAUUUUUGCUCCAUUUAAAAAAAAUAUCAAAUUUUAUAACUUUUUGUGAUCUUUCGUAUGAUAAUCAAUGGGAAAAACUGUCAAUUUGGUCCUCGUACUAUCACGAAAAAAGUCAAUUAGGUCAUCGUACUUUUUUAAAAAAUCAAUCAAGUCCCCGAACUUUUUAGAAACUUACAAUUGAAUCCAUUUGCAGUUUACUUGUCAUGUCAGCAAGUCACCCAUUGACGUGACGUACACGUGGCAGUCCAAUCAAUAGCGACUUUGUCGAUGUGACACACACGUGGAAGUCCAACCAAUGAUGACGUGAGACACACGUGGACCGCCACGUCAGUGGAUGACGUGUUGACAUGACAAAUAACCUGUAAAUGGACUCAAUUAAACGUUUUUUAUAAAAUUCGGGGAUUUGUUUGAUUUUUUUAAAAGUACAAUGAUCUGAUUGACUUUUUCGGGAUAGUAAGAAUACUAGAGCCCGUUUGGUAGCACCAAAAUCGGCUGUUUUGGCUGAUUCUGCUGAAAUUUAUGAUAUUCUGGCUGGAGUGGCUGUUUUGGCUGAUUCUGCUGAUUUAAGAAAAAAAUAUUUUAAAAAUAUAUUUUAUUAAUGAAUUAAAGAAAAAAUUAUAUGUAAAAAUAGCUAAAAUGGUCAUUUACAGUAACUUCAGCCAAUACAGCCAGAAAAGUAACUCCAACCUUACUUUUUCGGCUUAUUACACAAUUCAGCGAGCGAAAGUAAAAGUUACGUGUUUGGUGAAAAAGCUGGCUAAUAAGCCUGAUAAGCCGAAAAAAGAGUUCUACAAACGGGCUCUAUGACUCGAGCUAACCUUUUUUAUAUAUAUUAGGAAUAGGAACCAAGGAAACUGGGAACAACGGUUCUUGAGAAAUCGUAUUGUAGACGAGAGUGGGAUCGAUUUCGUUUCUCUGGGUUAUCACGCUUGGCGACGUCACCAUGUCAACGGUGUACGUACUGGAGCCACCGACGAAGGGCAAGGUUGUCAUCAAGACGACCUACGGCCCGUUGGAUAUCGAGCUCUGGCCGAAAGAGGCUCCCAAAGCUGCCCGGAACUUCACGCAGCUCUGCUUAGAAGGUUACUACGACAACACCAUCUUCCACCGCAUCAUCAAGUCAUUCCUCAUUCAAGGGGGUGACCCAACUGGCAGUGGCACCGGAGGUGAGAGUAUCUACGGUGGUGUGUUCCCUGAUGAGUUUCAUUCUCGUCUUAGAUUCAAACACAGGGGUUUAGUUGCAUGUGCUGGUUCUGGCUCUCCUAAUACAAAUGGAAGCCAAUUCUUUAUAACAUUAGACAAGUGCGAUUUUCUUGACAAGAAGCACACCAUUUUUGGAAAGGUUACUGGUGACUCGAUCUACAAUCUUUUGAGCCUAGGUGAAAUUGAAACGGACAAGGAGGAUAGGCCCCUGGAUCCUCCUAAAAUACUUUCUGUUGAGGUAUUGUGGAACCCAUUUGAUGAUAUUAUUCCAAGGGUAAAACCGAAGGAUGCUUCAGUACCUUCAGCUGAGUCUGACAAAAAGGAUAAAAAGCAGAAACCUAAAAAAAACUUGAACCUGCUUUCAUUUGGUGAAGAAGCAGAGGAGGAAGAAAAAGAAUCAUCUGCCAUCAAUGUGAGGAUAAAAAGCAGUCACGAUAUACUGGAUGAUCCCCGCCUGCUGAAGGAAGAAAGCCAUGAUAAUAAUUUGACGUUAUCUCAUAAAAAAGCAAUAAGGGAUGUGCAAUUGAGUGUCAAGGAAGCAUUACGCUCAAAGGGGAGUGAAGUAGCGAGAGAAUCAGAAGCAAAAUCUCAUCAAUCCCAUAGUGAAAGUGAUGCUGAUGAUGAUGCUGGUUUUGAUGCACGAAUGCGUAGGCAGAUUCUGGAAAAACGGAAGGAACUUGGAAACGUACCAAGCAAGCAAAAGUUGCAAAGUGAGAAUUCCAAGGCAAAGGCUCAUUCCUCAUCUCCUUCAAGGUCUGCUGAAGAAUAUGAUGACCAACCAAAAGUUGAAAGGUUGUCUAUAAAGAAAAAGGGAAUAGGGUCGGAUGCAAGGGCUCAACGCUUGGCUACAGCAGAUACAGACUUGCAAUUACUGAGUGGGGCUGAACGUGAAAGACAAUUGUUUAAACUAAAAAAGCGUAGGCGUCAUGGACAGGAAGAUGAGGUGUUGGCAAGGUUGGAAAAAUUUAAGGGUUUGAUUUCUUCAAAGUCUCAAAUGUCUAAUGGUGAAAAUGGAGGAGAAAAAGGCGAAGAUUUAUCUGACUGGGCAUCUGUCAGGCUAAAAUUUGAUUCAGAGACUUCAAAGAACAAGAUGUCGCGUAGCAAUGACCCAAAUGACUAUCUGGUGCACGACCCGCUGUGGGAGAAAGGCAAAGAGAAGUUCAAUAAACUGCAAGCCAAGCAGAAACGACGAGGACGGGAAUGGGCGGGCAAGUCUAUUACUUGAUGAACCAGCCCCAGCCCCAGCCCCCUCUUCCUCAUCUGCCUAACGUAUAUGUAUGCAUGCGUCAAAGCAUGAAAUGUAAUUUUACAAUAUGCACCCUUGCACUGUACAUGGUGGUGGGUUAAUUAACAUUUGGCCUCGUCUUUUCCUUUUCAUUCCAAAUAGAUGCAAUGCUGAAUAUAUUCAUUUUUUUUUGAAAAUAUGCUGAAUAUAUUCAUAUUUAGUGGAACGUUGGACAUAUCUCAAGUUCCAAACAUGAAUAUGUCAAUGUCCACAAAUACCCUACCCUAAAAGUUACACCGAGGGCUCCCCUAGCUCAUGUCUAUGGUUGUAAUCGAAUCGAAUACUGAGUAAUACUAUUCGUAUUCGUAUAACUUGACGAAUAUU